AAGAGACUAGUCCAAUAAUUCUAUCCAAGAUGGCAGCUUCCACGGCAUCACAAUUUCUGAAGAUGUGGAGCAUGUUAUUGCUGUUUUUCGCCUGUUUCUCGUCUUUGUUAUCAACUAGUUCCUGCGAAAGGACCAUCAAACUUGUGAAUUUGUUGUAUCGUCAUGGUGAUAGGUCGCCUGCACGAGGCUACCCAAAUGACAACUAUACGGAAGACACAUGGCCCCAAGGUUUCGGACAGCUCACCAAGAGUGGCAUGGCCCAACAGUAUGAGCUGGGGCAGUGGCUGAGGAAGCGUUACGUGACCGACCUGAAACUGUUUGACGGCAUCUACCGCCCGAAACAAUUCUACGUUCAUAGCUCACCGAAAGAGCGCACCAUCAUGUCGGCACAAUCCAACCUGCAGGGUUUCUUUCCAGCAGAGUCAGGGGGAGGGAAGCCAUCAAGUGGAACACCUCCAUGGCCACCAGUGCCAGUGUUUACUGUGGCCGAAGAGCAAGAUUAUUUACUGAGUGGAAGCAAGAUACAAAAUUGUGAUACUGUGAGGGAUUUCUUUCAAUACGCAGAGAACAGCCCUGCCGAGCAGCAAUAUAUUAAAGAUAACCAGACUUUCUUUGAUAGAGUUCAAGAGAAAGCUGGACUGACAGGAGACGUUGUCUUUGAGGAUUUCUAUCAUCUUGGAGAUAGUUUGAUAAGAGAGCAUAAAGAAGGCAGAAAUUUACCGGAAUGGGCGGAUGACGAAACCUUCAACAGAUUAAAAGCUACACAAGACUAUGCCUUUGAAGCAGAGUUCUCCAAUAUGACAACAGAUGAGAAAAGAAUAACUUCAGGAGUUCUUAUAGCAGCGAUGGUUGCAAAUAUGAAGGCUCAUUUAAACAGAACAAACAAUGACAGUAGGAUAUUCAUGUACUCUGGGCACGAUAGCAACAUAGCACCGUUUUUAGGUACAUUUGGUUUGUUCACAAACGUCGAACCUCCCACCGCUUCCUGUAUGAUGGUGGAACUGUACAAAGAAGACGAUGGUUCACAUACAGUGCAGUUAUUAUUCAGAAAUGACACUUCAAAGCCACCAUACCUCCUCAAGUUCCUAGAAUGCAAUGAGAGAUGCCCUGUUCAAAACUUCUUCCACAUCGCGUCACCUUUCGUGGUCGAUGACAUCGAUGAGCUAUGCAGGAGAAAACCGCCAUCGCUACCUCUCGACGUUGAGUGGAAUAUAGGUUGGAUACUAUUUGCAAGCAGCUUGGCUCUAGCAGGUCUUCUUCCUCUCAUAGUCUGUGUCUUACUUUCCUGUGGCGUCGGCGGGCGUCGCCGGCUACAGAACUCCAGGCAACGCCUGGAACCAAUCAACUUCCACCUCUUGGGCGGUCCAAACAGCGAAUCGGAAGACGAGAGCGUGUUUGACACAUGACCCCACCAUAAGCAGUAGACUAGAGCCAUUCCAUAGUAUAGAAAGUUUGCGAAAAUAUUUUCUUUCAUUAUUUAUUGAUGCUGAAUAAUGCCUUGUUUCGCACAUGACGUGUUAAACCACUAUGGCAAAAUAUGUGCCAACCUAUAGCCGUUCAGAGUCUAUUAUUAGAAGGUCUACAUGAAUAAGCUUUUCUUUCUCAAAUUGGCAACAUUUAUUAAUAUCGUUGCCUCAAAUUGGCAACAUCUAUUUGUAUUUCUUUACUCUUUCACAGAUUCAAAAAUAGAAAUAUUUUAUUUUUGUAAUAUGUUCACUCUUUAUGUGCCACUAAAAUAAUAACAUCAGGCCACAUUGUACUUUAAUAUCAUGGGAUAGAUAUACCAAAGGCUUCAAGGUUAUUUAUUAUUUAAUCUAUGCCAGUGUAUUGAAAGCCUUUUAGUAAUUUCUUCUCUUGAUUGUCUCCAUUACAAAUUCUCUAGGAAUUUAGUGGAAUCUCAGGUACCUCAGUAUUAUUACAAUGUCACUUUUGGAUUCCUUGAUGCCAGAAAAAUCUAAUUCUGGUUUACAUAUUAAUGCAAAAAAAUAAUUCUAGAUUCUGUUUUUCCAAAGUAGCAUUAUUUUUCUCAUGUAACUCUAAUUUUAAUAGAUUCCUCUACAUAAAUUUGUCCGAAAAGUAUGAAGUUUCUACUUGUUAUGCCAAAUACAUUGAAAAGAAAGAUGUAGAAUUUUUGCUAAUUUUAAGACGUGUUGUAAAUAUUUCUUUUUAAAAAACAUUCCAGGAUUUUGUUAAGUAUGAGUGACUUUCCAUUUUGGGGGUAAUUUUUAAUGAUGUGUGGAAUUUUUAUUUUUUAUAUGGGUUUGUAAAAUUAAAACAAUUGUAUGUUUUUGAAAAAUCUUGGUUGAGGGGAAACUUUCCAUACACUAAUUUUCAUUUGGAAUUGAAGCAAUGGUACAAGAUUUAACGAGGUCCAUUAGGAGUUUUGCCUUAAAGAUUUCUAGUUCACAUUUUUAAUAAAAAUCCUCGAAAAAAUAAUAAUGUAAUCUUUGAGUACCCCAAUGACUUUGAUCUAACAAUUCUGCCUACUAAAUCAAAGUGUACCGUAUUUAUAAAAGGCAUCUGUACCUACAAUGUAUUGUUGAAUCUAAGCUGGAUUUUAGCAUGUCAUAUUAUUUCGAAAAAUGAAAGGAAAAUAGGGAUAACAUUCUAGGACCUACACUAAUUUGAUUAACUAAAGCUAGAACUGCUGAUUGAUUUCAAAGGAUUAAAGACAGCAGAUACUGAAAUAAAGCUUGAAAAAGAACAAGGACACUAGAGAGAUCAUAAAAUAAUUGGUAUUAUGUAGGAAUUUUUGUUUUGUUGACGAUGAUGUACUCCAACAGGCCAAUAUGAGUAUUCAUAAUUAUCUUAAGAUCUGAAAUGAAGGAGAUUCAUGUUAGCGUAUCAUAACAACAAAUUAAUCUGCACUCUCAGUUUCAGAUACACCAUGAUUUGAUUAUCGGACCUAUUUCAAAUGUGUGUGUAAGGGUGUGGGUAGAUCGAUUUUGAGAAGUAGUUGUGUGAUGGUGUCUCAAAAGGGAAAAUGUGCAAUUGCUCUAAUAUAUUUACAGUACUGAACAGAUUUUCAUGAUUUGAUUCAUGUUUAAUCCUGCAUUGUUAACCAAACCAUUCCAAAUUUUGUGGUUUGACUUCCAUAACUUUUGAUUUAUAGCCCUGCAAAAAUAUACUGGAUGCAAAGCUAGAAAGGGCCCAAAGUUUUGUACACACUGCAUCCAUUUUGUUUCAUGACUAUAUUGCUUUUGAUGCUCGGAAUUCAAAAAAGUAAAAUAAAUCUUUAAAAUCCUUAAAUUGGCACCACGUUGAGAGACUCAAAAUCAUUGUUUUUUUAUCAAAAAUUGUCUUUAAUCAACAUUUCGACAACAUUCUCGCCCAUGUAUAUUGUCAGAGAUAUUCCAUUUUAUUGUAACAGUGUAGCAAAAAUAUUUAUGAUAGCAAUAUUGUACCAUGUUGUUGAUCAUCAUAAAAAUUGUUGUGAAGCAUUCCAAUAAAUACAGAGAUUAUAUUUUAUUUUAUGACA